AAGCAAAGAGAGAAAGAAUGGCAAGAACCAAGCAGACCGCUCGCAAGUCUACUGGCGGCAAAGCACCCAGGAAGCAGCUGGCCACCAAGGCCGCUCGUAAGAGCGCCCCGGCCACCGGAGGCGUCAAGAAGCCCCAUCGUUACAGGCCCGGUACCGUGGCUCUGCGUGAGAUCCGCCGUUACCAGAAAUCCACCGAGCUGCUGAUCCGCAAGCUGCCCUUCCAGCGCCUGGUCCGCGAGAUCGCCCAGGACUUCAAGACCGACCUGCGCUUCCAGAGCUCUGCUGUCAUGGCUCUGCAGGAGGCCAGCGAGGCUUACCUGGUCGGACUCUUCGAGGACACCAACCUGUGCGCCAUCCACGCCAAGAGGGUCACCAUCAUGCCCAAAGACAUCCAGCUGGCUCGUCGCAUCCGCGGAGAGAGAGCUUAAGCUACACGCUCUCCUACCAACAAAGGCUCUUUUCAGAGCCACCUCACUCACACCAAGAGCUCGCUCCUUUAUUAUUAUCAGACUCAUACUUGCACUUCAUUCAUUCAGUUCAUGCUGUUUCUAUGCCAGAAACUAGUCGGCAUCAACGUGGAAUUCACUGACUUCAGUUACAAAAAUUCUAAAUUCAUCUUUACCAUUGAAAUGUUGCUCAUUGCAUUGGAGUGCUUUGCACUAGACAAUAUGAUAGACCCUGUGCUCUCAAUUACCUCUGGUAAAUUCCUAUUGUCUAAAUGUGUUAUAAAAUACUAGAGACAUGACAGUAAGUCUAACAUGAAUCAGAUUUUUCUUCACAGAUCAUCUUUCAGGUGCUUCUUUUUUUUUUUUUUUCCUUACCAAAAAUAUAUUAUUUAAUUAUUUUACACAAUUCUUUGAAGUAAAUUUAACCUCCUCAAACCCGAACUCUUCCACGACAUGCAUUUUUAAUUUCUUUUAUAUUUGGUCACAUUGGGGCCCAAUGAAUGUUAAAAACAAAGAAUUACCAGAUUUUUUUUUUUUUUCUAACCUUAUUUUUGUUUUUAAGACAUAUAAGAGCCACAUAUGAGGAUAUUCGUUUAAAAUUUUGAUAGAACAGUAGCAGUAUAAUGUUUUGGAUUUUAUAUUGAGACCCGAAGUUUAAUCUCUGUUCUUGUCUUGUGAAUAAUACAAACGUACACUGCUUAGGAGUUAAUAUUAUUAUUAUUUUUUGAAUG